CUUUCUGCGAGUUUGGUUCGGUCGUGGAUGCCGACUGUGGUGGAAUUCCUCGACCGCGUCUUCGUCGUCGUGGUGUUGGUGUUGGUGGGUGAGAUGGUGGUUUCGAAAUCAUGGCCAGAUGCUCGUACGCCUUCGUCGCUGAUCGGCCAAGUUCGGAGGAAGUUGCCGCUGGGGACGAUCUUCCUUGUGACCCACCUGCUGCCCUCCCACCUCUCCGCGCAUGGGGCUCCAUCUUCCCUGCCCUCCGUGACCUCGACAUUGGCUCGCCUACACCUGCGGCGGCCUCGGCUGCCACCCCUACUACACCUGGCCGGACCUCCGAGAUACGCACGGGUAAACAAGAUGGCUGGCAGACUGGCAGGACGCAGUCACGGAGCUCUAGGUGUUGGAGGGCCUGUGCGGGUAGGAUACUACGAAAUGGAGUGCACAAUCGGCAAAGGAAAUUUUGCUGUUGUCAAGCUGGCUACCCAUAUCGUCACUAAAACAAAGGUGGCAAUAAAAAUUAUUGACAAGACCCAACUGACUGAAGAUAACCUGACGAAGAUAUUCCGUGAGAUACAGAUCAUGAAGCUUUUGAGGCAUCCACACAUCAUCCGUUUAUAUCAAGUCAUGGAGACAGAAAGGAUGCUUUACCUUGUUACAGAGUAUGCUAGUGGUGGAGAGAUAUUUGAUCACCUUGUGGCGCAUGGGCGCAUGAAUGAACGGGAGGCACGGCGUAAGUUCCGUCAGAUUGUGUCUGCCGUGAGCUACUGCCACAGCCAUCAUGUUGUGCACCGUGACCUCAAGGCUGAGAACCUGCUGCUGGAUGCCAAUCUCAACAUCAAAAUUGCAGAUUUUGGCUUCAGCAACUUCUUCACGCCAAACUCUCCUCUGAAGACAUGGUGUGGCAGUCCGCCAUAUGCAGCCCCGGAGUUAUUUGAAGGUCGGGAGUAUGAUGCGCCCAAAGUUGAUAUAUGGAGCCUCGGUGUCGUGCUGUACGUGUUGGUGUGUGGUGCUCUUCCAUUUGAUGGCACCACGCUACAGUCUUUACGAAGCCGCGUUCUUAGUGGGAAAUUUAGAAUCCCAUUCUUCAUGUCCACAGAGUGUGAGGACCUAAUACGUAGCAUGUUGGUCGUGGAUGGAAAACACCGCAUCACCAUGGAGCAGAUCAUCAACCACAAGUGGAUGCACCCAGUUGGAGAGGAGGAGGAAGACCGGCAGUUUCAGGCCCUACUCCGGCAAUACUGCGCUGACCCCUCCCAGUCACCGGGCGUGGGCAAUGCAGAGGAGGAGGUGGAGGAGGCACUGCAAGAGCAGGUGCUGGGCUUCAUGACCAACCUCGGGCUAGACAGAAAACACACCCUGGAGUCUGUCCAGGCAGACAAGUAUGAUCACCACAGCGCCACCUAUCACCUUUUGUUGGACAAAUGCCGGAAGCAUCCACGUGCUCUCACACACAAACUGGCUACAGCUAGUAUCCACCCCUUACCAGAGCUACCCCUGGUCAUGCGAACAGAGAGGAGGUCUAGCAUUACAACUGGUGUUGUGGAGCGUGUCGAGGUGCCAGUGGAGAUACAUAAUCCUUCGGCAGCCAUGAUGGCUGGUCACUUACCUGUCAGAAGCCAAGUCCAGUAUGGAGAUGCACAUGCCUUGAUUGAAGACAGCAAUCAGUCAGACUCUGAUGAAGAGCCAUCACCUGAAGCUCUAGCACGGUACCUGGCAAUGCGGCGACAUACUGUUGGAGUGGGUGACCCACGGCACGAGUCACCGGAAGAUGCUCGUGUAAAACUUGCACAUCAUCAGCCCCUAAUUGCCAACCCUCACCUACCCGUCCUUGGAUUGCCUCCCUUCGGUCAGCUGCCUGAAACCAACCUGCCCCAGCACAUUCCAGUUGCCGCAGCAGCCAUACCACAAUAUAUGAUGGCCAUGUAUGACCAGAACCUGCUGCAUCCACCAACAGCACUUGCACAUUAUUCCUAUCUCGGCCGACGAGCGUCAGAUGGUGGCGCUAACAUCCAGCUAUUUUCCCAGCACUUCCAGCGCCUCACGUAUGACAGCCAACAUGGUAGCUGUGAAGGAUUGCACCUUAACCAGUCCAACCUGUCCCCUACAGGCAUUCCACUGCCAACGCCUUCCCUCCACACUUCCAUCACCGUUGAAGAGGCAGAAGAUGGAAGUUCUGACCAGGAGCCUGACCCGGAUGCUGUUCAAAGAUAUCUUACAAUGCGUGGCUAUGGUAAGCGGCACACCUUAGCAGUUGCUAAUCCCAUCUGUGAAAUACCAGAAGAAUUACAGCAAAAACUUUCUCUGCAUCCUAUCCGCAAUCGCCGUGGAGGUUUGUUAUCACCAGCAGAGCGUACGCCAGCACGCGACUCUUUCAAGGACCUUCACUCUUUGCACCUCCCAUCGGAGCGAUUUUCUCCUGUCCGACGAGCCAGCGAUGGGGUGGCAGGACUACAGAAACACCAGGCACAUCUGGAGAAGAUUUACAACCAAACCAUUUCAAGUACUGCACCUAGUCCUGCAGGUGGCGGAGGAGGAGGAGGGCCUUCGUCACGCCACAGCAGCCACAGCAGCUUAAAACAGCUGCAGCUGGAGCACCAGGAGCUGCAGAUGCAGGUGUCAAACAUGGCAGCUGAGAGGCAGGCUGAACUUCAACAACAGCACACAUUGCACCGCCUACAGACAUCUUUACAGGGUGGAAGCAUACCUGUUUCUCCUGUUCCAUCCCCACCGCAGCCAUCCUCACCCAGCUAUGGGAGGGGAGGUGUGUUGUCAGGUACCAACAGUAGCCCCAUGACACCUCUCGACCUUGCCACACAGUCAGCAAUUCUGCAACAGCAGCUGCAGCGACUACAGCUUCAGCACCAGCACCACCAUCACCACCACCAUCACCACCACAAUAUACACACCAUGCACCAUCAAGGAGGGCACACAUCUGGAGUGGUCUCUGGUUCCCCCUCACCCUCACCACCCCACCUUGCCAUGUCCCUUCAUUCUUCUGGCUCACAAAGGGCUGAGUCACCACCAGGAGGUUUUUCUCACUUGCUGCAUUCCAGGCCAGCCAGUCUGCAACGAUCUUCUCCACCGCCAGCAUUCCAGAACCUCACCUCCAUCAGAGAGGAUGCUGGGGAUAUGGCUGACCAUGCUGACGUUGGUGGAGAAGACACAGAGAUGGAGGAUGAACAACAGGUGUCCGCCGACUGCAACUCUAGCAAAAGAGAGGCUGAAAAGCAGGGCAGCAGGGGUCAUGAGUUGUCUCCCACUAUGAAAAGGUCUUCACACUGCAAUAUGCCCAGUCAGGAGGUGCGACAUCGAAGCUUUGUGGGCAACCCCCAGAUCAGCAUCACCGACACACAGGGUCAUGUGACAGAUGUGGACACCACCAGCGAUGAUGGGGGGCGUGACUCUGUUUCUCCCACCAGUCCUGCCACACAUCAUGGUGAUGUGCCAUUGAACAGACAUAGUGGGCUGCCGUGCACCGUGGCCUCCAUGGCAGCAGCUCCUGGGGGCAUCAGUUCCUAUCCGUACUCUUUCCUCCAGGGCUUUGGACUUAUCAACACAAACCUAGCCAGCAUCCCACCAUACAUUUCCAAUACAGACACAUUCUUGCAGUCAGCCUGCUUCAAAGCGCCACAGUCAAUCAGCAGUGGUUCCAUCGUCCGGCCUCAAUCUGUCACAAAGUCACAUUCCCACGCCACAUCGCCAACCCACCAAUCUGCUACCCACCGUGCCCAGCAAGGACGAUCACGCCGCUUCAAUGCUUUCCAGGAGACCCGUGAUGUGUUUCCCAGUUACUAUGCAGCAUUGGCCAGUGCUACUCCAAUUAUGGAUGUUGCGUCGCUGAGCUGCCCUGGCAGCGGUAAUGGGAGCAGCGCAGGUAUCGUGACAACCAUGUCCUUAGAAACUGCUGCACUGGCACAGGCUCAGCACUGUGUGUUUGCUUUCCCAUCGUUGCCCCCAACAACUUUGUCGUCCUCGUGCCCAAAUACCUCCCCAAACUCUUAUGGUUCACCUCUUCCUGGUACCUUCCCAUCCCCAUUAUCACCAUCAGAUCACCCCAUACCAUCUCCUCCUGUACCCGAUAACUCUCCGUCAUCAUCCAUGUCACCAUUAAAUGGGUGCUAUGCUGCUUCAUUCCUUAGACAGCCCAUCAUUGCGACCAGUCCAUCAGACUCUCAGUUGUUUAAUUCCAGAGCAUUGUCUCAUCGGGAUUCAGGUGAUCCCAUGGCAAGGGGACUAAACUGCUCAGACUCUCAUCUUUUUGAAAAGGCUUCUUCUACAGAUGGUGCUGUGGACUUUACAGGGGAUUCCCAUUCAUUCCAGAUGAGCAGUGCAGGGGUCGGAGAAGGCAGCAUGUCUCGACUUUUUGAACUGGAGCCAGCAGGAACGAGGACUGUCGAUGAUGUGCUGCGGGCUAUCAAAGAUGCACUCGACACUCGCUGCCCGGAAGUGGCAUACGAGUGUCUUGAAAAGCGAUUCAGGCUACAGCAGGCCGAUCUAGAGAUGGAGGUGGAAGUGUUUGAUGGCGAAGGGAAGAUGCCACAAGGUUUGCACGUGCGCAAGCUGUCAGGGGACUACACUCACUAUGCUGCUCUCUGCCACCACCUCUUGUCCUGUGUGAACAGCUGUGCCACCGCUUAGUGUGCAGUCUAGGUAACCAGUGCCUGAUAUCCCCUCUUCGCCGCUUUACGAUAUAUAUUUAUAUUACUUGUGGUAAGCGCUUAUGGAAUUUUGUGCCACGAAGAGGGGAAGGUGUGCUUGACAUUUUCCAGAAUGAGUUGUCAGAUGAUUUCAGGGUAGCAGCUGAAAUGAGAGGUGUCAAUUUUUGUGUUUGUGCGAAGAUUGUUUGUGCUUUUCUGCCGUUUUUAUGAGUUCUGGGCAUUCCCCAGGGAAAUUUUCCCUAACCUGUUGACUUGCUUGCCCUUUCAUGCAGACUGGUACUGUUGUUGGGUCUGCCGGAAUUCCUCUCAGAGGGGAAAAAAGAUAGUGUGUAUGUGUCUGUACAUGUGUGCACUCAUGCAUUUGCAUAUGUGCGCAUGCAUAUUUGUUGAUACAUGUGUUUGAACAUGAACAUUUGUGGUAUGUGGUUCAUGUUUUGGCAAGCACAAAAUUUGCCCACAGAGAUCUAUGUUUUGACUUGGGUGCCUGUUUCCAAUCUGAGUCAAGCAACAGAUGGAUUAUUUUUAAGCAGUAUGCUGCAUUUAGUGUAUGCUUUAAUUUAGCUGGAUUAUAUCCCAUGGAAGUGAUCAUAUUUGGUUACACCUUUGGGUAGAGGGCAAGGUACUCUGCAUAAUUGAUGCAUCUGCCUACUGUAGUAUGAUCAAAAAUCUAAAUAGAAGAGGAGUAGAAAUGCUAAAAGGCAUCAGGCAUAGCAGGUCAACAUUAAUGAUGUAUUAAUGAUACCAGAAAAUUACUGUUGAUCUUGAGCAUAGCACACCACAUUCUGCAUGCAUCCCUCCCCUUUAAUCACAGUUAAAACACCAUAGGUCACAGCAAGCAACAGACCAUUUUAAGUUGGCACUGCUGAGAAUAUGCACUUAGUGAUAGGAUAGGACGUAACAGUGAACAAAUGUAUAUCUGCAUUCACUCAUUAGUAUUCUCAUCCAGUCCUUCAUUUGGGCUCAGUAGUUAGAGACAGAGGGCAUGUAAGCUCUUGACUGAAGCUGCUAUACUCUCAUCACUCUUGUGGACAUCUCCACUAGAAGCUCUUGCAACUGCUUUCUAGGGAGAGUGUUUUGCAGCUACUUAAUCUGUAAAUCCUAACCCAAAGAUCUUUCAUAGAACCCCUGGUCAGUGUACAGGUUUGCCUGUUUUGCAGACAUCUCUCAUUAAUGAGGUGGAAUGCAUGCUGCUUUGUAUUAUUUACUAUUUGGCAUUCUUGAAAAUGAAUUUUUUUUUUUUUAAUAUAAAGGGCUGGAUGGGUUAGGGCUCGGAUACUUCUUUUUAACAAAAUAGGUGUUGGCUUUGGAAUGAUGAAAAGUCAAACACAAGCAUUUGAAAGAUUUGAAGUAGGUGUGAAACAAAUGUUAGUUGAUUCACUUUAUAUAAUUUAGUUUUAUCAAAUGUAAGAGAACAGUUUCUGUAGCCAAGUGUCUCUAGCCUUUUUAGAUGUUUUUUUUUUUCUGAGAGCUAUUUCUUGUCAUUUUACUUGAAAAGAAUACAAUAUUGCUCAGUCUGUAAGGUAAAUGUUUUUGUGAGUAAAAGAAUUGAGAGACAUAUGGAAUUAGCAUCGUUUGCUUUGUGCAAGCAAACAGUACAGCAAUAUGGUUGUGUUAACUGAUGAAUUCACUGGAAUGUUGCACUUAUUGUUCAGAUGUGAUAAAUGCUAAUGUUUCAUAUACUGUGUAUAUCACAAUUGCAAUACUUACCUGUUUUUCCAGGAGUUUAUUAAACUAGCAAUGGGAUUUUAAAAUCUGUACUUACCAGUCAUUAGAGCUUUGUUUUUCUAGUUCACUCUUUGAUGACGUUUUUCCACUUUAUCAUUUCUCUUUUUUUUUUUGUUUUUUUGUUUUGCCCACAUAAAUUCACACUCAUUUCUUCUUACAAUGCUGAGAUGCCCAAAUAUUUUACUUUGUGGAAAUUUUAAUAGGGAUAUUUCAUUACCUAAAAAUAAAUUUAGCAUCAAUUAAAUUAAAACAUAUCGAAUUAACAGAUGGCAUUAGUUUGCUAUUAGUCACUUAAUGGUAGUCUCUUGCAUACAUUCAAUUCUUUAUUCAUGGUAUUUAUUAAUAGUCUUCCACAAUUUCAGUCAUCACAUAUGACUGCUCACAAACUGUGUACUUCCAAACAUAGCUUAGCUGGCUGCAUUUACACUACAAAAGCAGAAAUACUAGUAAGUUUUCUAAUGGAAGUAAAAUUUGAUUCACAUGAAGCUGUGACAAUAUUGACAGAAAUCUGUGAAAGGUUUGCUAUCUUGAAAAGUUUUUUUUUUUCGGGGGGAAAGGGGAUGUAGGUAAUCGUGGUUCUUAGAAAUUUGAGAUUUGUUACAAAAGUCUAUUUGAAAAUGAUAUUUUAUUUAACUGUCUGUUUAAAUUUUAUCAGGAUUGUUUAUUCAUUUGCUUAAAACAAAACCAAAAUUUGGACCUUUAAAAAACUGCAGGCAUUUGCUGUCACUUAGAUUCACUGACAUGUUUAUUCAUCCACACAGAGGCCGACAAUGCAUCUUUGUUCUGAAAGAAAAUGCUAGUACAAAAUAUGCCCGCAGCUUGUUCACCAAAACUCUUGAUCAGGAAUUUGUACAUUUCUUGACUGCCAUAGUCCCCAAGCUCUUGUUAGUGUGUGUUUUGUUUAACCUUCUUCAACACUAGAGUUGCUUAAACGGAGUGAUAAUCUGCAUUGUGUUUUCAUGUUGUUUCUGUCUACUGUGUGUGUGUAUAUAUAUAAAAUAUAAUUUGCAUGUUAUUGAUAUUCUUCCUCUAGCCCUCUUCAAGGAAAAUAUUCAAGGCUGUUAUGAAUGAUGGCAUGAUUUUUAUGCUUGAACUUGACGCACAUCAGGAAACUUGUGUAUGUUGUUGGAAAAUGCUACUUAUAUACCUUAUCCUGCAAGUUCAGAUGUGUGUUGUAAUCUUCAGGAAAAAAAAAUGUGCAAGUCAUUGCUGUGGUCACUUUGUAUGAAAGUUUUGUUGUUGUUUUUGUUCUUGUUGGGUUUUUUCUCUCUCUCAAUCUGUGAUAUCCAGAUAUGAAAUUGUAUAAAGUUUAUUGAUUUGCUGUUGGUUGAAGCCAAGGAUGACAAGGCGCAAUCGAUCUUGAUUGGUACGAUCAGCCUUGACAGGUUGGGAUGUGUUAAUAUGUGUCGCCUGACUUGCUCAGCCGCACAUGGUUAAGCCAUCCUCCAUCUACCUGUAAUUUGGGCGCAUGCUUAAGUCCCUUAAGUAAUGACCCUUAAAGAUUUACUAUUUAUUUUUCUGUAUACACAUAAUCAAAAGAAGCAGUGGCUUAUUUUCUGGAAACAAGCUAUUUUGCUUACUACAUAUGGCUGUAUGUUAACCCUAAAAAAAAAUUUACUUGGUUGAUAUUGUACAUUGUAUAGUUCUUUCCACUAUUUUCUUGUAUGUGUUAGAUAAAUCUACAUGAUCGACUGCAUUGCAUUUCUGUCUGAAACAAAAUUAUUUGUGUUUCUUAAGUAAUGUUGCUGUUACUGCACUGAAUUUAUUUUGCCUCUUUUAUUUCUCAAGUGCAGAAGCUUGAGAGACUAUCAGUUCAACACAUAAACGAUGGCUUACUAAGCUCACAGGUAUACAGACCUCACUGAAGUUUCAGUCUUUGCACAAAUGUGAACAUUUUUUUUUUACACAGCGGGUAGCUUGAUGAAGCAUGAUUACAGCAAUAAAUAAUGUCUUGCUGCUGUAUCAGAUUUGAAAAAGUGUGGUAGAUAUGCCUAGCUUUAUUAUAUUUUGCAUUUGGAAAAAGAGACUGAAAUGUUACUAUUCACAGCACUGCCUUUCUGGAACUAGUGUAGGUUGUACAUGACUAGCUGAAGUGCAUCUGGUAAGUUUAACUGUUUGCUACUUGUUGUUUAAAGUUACUCCCUUGAGGUCAGUGAAGUAUUGAGUACUUUCACAGGUGUGGGCACAUAGGAAUGAAAAGCUGGUCAUCAAGUCUUGUAUACAAAUGUUUUUGAGCUUAGAGAACAGAAGGAGAAAACUGUUUUAAAUAAUGUCAUUGACCAUGACAUAUCUUUGGAAUAUAAUCUGAAAUUGAUUCUAGAUAUAUUGCAGAAACAGUUGAGGAGGAUAAUCAUUGAUAUAUUCAUCAGGAAUAGUGUAAAAUGUAAUAAUCUCUCUCAAUUUCUCUUCAUAUAGGUGUGUGCCCAGAAUGUAUGUGUAUCUUUGGUAAUAAAAGACAGUAGAAGUAAACAAGCAGAAAUUCACAGUUAACCGAAACUGGAAAGAUCCUUUGUGUAUGAAUUCUAUUCAUUUGUGGUAUGAUAAUGACCUGACUUAAAACAGCAUGACAGAUGUCUUUUAAGAAUUAUAAGAAGGAUUGAAAAGAAAUACACUCUGAAGAAUCUUUGGUAUCAUACAGAAUAUCAGAUGUACAAAUUUUCUGGGGCUGUAUUUCUUCUCUUGCCUGUAUCUCAUUAACACUUUUGCAAGUGGACUAUCUGAUAUAUGAAGUCUGCUUAACGUAUGUGGAAAUAAUAAUGCAUUGCUUUUGAUCCACUGUUCAAACGAAGAUAGUGUUUUCCCAUGCAUGGGUUAUUAAAAUAUGUCACUAAGAGAAGAGCAAAUUUUUGUACGGAAGCUGUCUCUGCAGAGUAACAUUGCUUCACUGCUGUCUUGAAUGGAGGCUGGACAGAUAUUUCUAGAAUGGGCUGACUUAUACUGUGGGAGAUGGAAAAGGUUAAACUGUGUUGUAAUUAAGCUAUACUUCAGUCACAUUUCACUGUGAUUGUUUUUUAAACUAUCGUUCUUUUGCAAUAAUAUUCUACUCUCUAGGAGAAAGGAAAAGAAACUGUUUGGGCCUUUUUAAAAGACAAAAAUAGCAUGUUGAGAUAAAAGAAAUCUAUGAAGUCUAUUGAACCAAGAUGGUGUGUGUGAGAGAGAGAGAGCUAGUAGGGAGAGAUGCACAGUUUAAAAUUUGUGAGUCUUCCUGUUGGACUUAAUUUUAUACUUUGAGAUUUUCUUCCACUGUCCUUCACUCCGCCUGCACUGAGCCUCUUGAACUGCAUGGUAUGCAUAGAGUUUGUUGUUCUUGUAUGCGCUGUUGUGUCCUGCCAUCCCAAGAAUCCAUGCUGGAGUUCGGUAUGUGUGCCUAUGCAUGUGUGUGCGUGCACAUGUAAAGUUCUGUUUCCUUCCUCUAAACAGCAAGCAGAUUAAGAAAGAAGUUUUUUUGCACGUGGAUAUGUAUUUGGCAUGAAUGACAUGAACUAACUUCCAAUACAGGGGUGCACUGGCCAGUGUAUGUGCUUAAAGUGAUUGUGCAGCUGUUGUCUUUAUAUUUUAAUGUUCUUGUUUCAUGCUCAUAUGUUUCCCUGGAACUCUUAGUCUUGUAGCAGAUGUGAUUUACUUUGCUUUUCAUAAACUUUGUCGGCUUAUGGAAAACAUUUGUAUGGUGGUUACAUUUACCUCUUUCAGAUCCCAGUGCUUUGGAACUUAAGGAAAACUGUUACUCUCUGUGUUUAUUUUCUGAUGAUGAUGGGACGUAAGGGGUAUUUCAACAAUAGGAAAGAAUGUUAACACCUAGAGGUUGGAAGGACUUUUGUGUUUUGUGUAUUAUCAGAUGUUUGUCAGAAAUAUUUGAAUCUGUGAACACUCUUUUAUGAUCAUGACUGUAACUUGUAAACAAAGGCCAGGAUACAAAAUUUUCACAUAUAACCAAGGUAAAGAUCAUGAGAGAAAAAAAAAAAUUCCAGGACAACAGAAUGCGGACCCUUAAUUUUAUGAUGAUGUUUACUCACUGUAGAGACUGAGCAACAGAGAGAAAUGAAAGAUGAAGAAAGAAGUGGCUGUUGACCUGAGAGAGAGAGAGAUAGUUAACUGGAGGUCAAAAAAAAGAAAGAAUUCCAAACUGUGUGGCUUUGCUUUUAUUAUUAUUCUUUUUCUCUCUGAUGCGAGUUUCUUGGAUUUGGCCAUUAUUUGACUUGACCUCUUGAAUUUUAGUCUUGUUUUAUGCUUUAUUUUACCUUCUGUCUUUGAUUGCACUUCUCUAGAUGACUGCUGUGUUCUGGAAGCCACUGAGCUGACCAGUAAACUUGUAUAUUUCUCUA